AUGUUAGAUCCAUUUCGACUAAACUUGCCUCUAACCAAAACUCCGGAAUUUCUCAAAAAGAUUGCAGACAUCAUUAAGCAAGACUAUCCAUGUCCCAAUCAACGAAAAACGCCUGAUUUCACGGUGAACACAAAUACCUUGACGCCUCCCGAAGCAACUAAGACUGUUGAGAAACCAAAGGCUAUGAACUUCCCAAUCUCCAAGAUCACCAUUGGUGAAUGGACCAGCGUGAUGGUCUACCCGGAUGAUCUUGUGGCCAAGUUCUAUUUUGCAAGGAAGCAACUUAUGUGGGAGAUUCUCGACAGUGUAGAAACUAGAACAGAAACACAUGUCGCGAAGCUGAAGAGAAAGAUCGAGAUCCAAUGGGAUGAUGUCUUGUCUUUUAGAGCAACUUUUCAUCCACAUGAUAAAACCGGAACGUUCGAAGUGGAGUUGGGAAAACGUCCAACGUUCUUCAUAGAGACUAAUCCACAGGCAGGAAAACACACUAAGUGGAAACAGAUGGAGCAAGAUUUCACCCAAGACCAGUCUGCUUCUAGAUGCAGGAGACAUACACUUUAUUUUGCUCCUGGAGUUUUGCAAAAGAACUUGGAGAAGCUUGUGUCCGGCGAUAGCUUCUGGUCAGAUCUCGCCAAAGUCAAGUUCCCAACUCUACCACAAUCUCUUUACUUCGACAUUGGCGAUGGAAACAGCAACAACAAUAAUCGCUUGUUCGGAGGCAGGAGCCACAUGAGAAACACAGGGGAGUUCCUUGGGACACAAACAAACUUGAUGACUGGCUAUGGAAACAGCAGUAACAACAACAGCGAUUCUCAAGGAUCUGGUCGCGUGGAAGUGGGAGAUAGCACUAAAACAGAUACACGGGAUGGUGAUGGGAGGCACAUGGGCGUAAUCGCUGAUGACAAUAGGAGUGAGGAGGUUCUUGGGGCACAAGGCAUGGAACAAGUUCGAAACACAGGAGGCGAUUCAAUAAGGGGAGAGAGAGAAUCCUGA